UAUCUCCAUAUUGGGACUAGGGAGGCAGAGGUGUCUUCCGGGUGACGAGUGAUUCCUAUGAUAAGUGGCGAGGGAAAUGAACUCUGACGAGUUAGGAUGACUUGAUUUUAAUCCUGGAACGGACUAUCUCGAAUCUUAAUCAACGUAAGUAUAGAGAUUGGAUAGAGCUGUGGUGUUAAACCGUGAAGGAUGCCUCCUCCACCACCCCCGGCUCCCCCACCCCCGCCGACGGCGCCGGCCCCUCCCCCUAUGGGGAAGAGUUCCAAGGGGCCGUCAAAGGGGGGCUCGGCUCCAGUGAACCGAGGGGCUCUGUUGGGACAAAUUCAUCAGGGGGCCCGGCUUAAGAAAACGGUGACAAAUGACAGAAGUGCACCCCAGGUGGGAGGUAGGAAGCAGGGUGGGGGUGACCCAGGGGGAACUACAUGUAGACCUGUGAGUGUCAAUCGUUCUAACACUGUGGCCUAUUCUUCAGCAGGACGAGGUGAACGCCCUAAACCCCCCGUACGGCGGAAGCCGAGUCUAAACAACCCAGAUGGUGUGAAAUCUAGCCCGGUUGGUGGCGGAGGCGGGGGCGGGGGCGGAGGUGGGACGUCUGGGGGUUCAGGAGGGAGUAGCAGCUCAAGCCAGGGCUCAGGCGGGAUGGGCAGCUCUGCAAGUCUGGGUGGACUGUUUGCUGGGGGAAUUCCCACAUUGAGGAAGACAGGGAGGCUACCAGCGGGUUCUGGGCCUCCGCCACAACCAUUAAAACCUCCAGGGGCAAAUCGUGCUGGACCAGCUGGUGGUUACGGCUCUAACAAGCCGGUGACGAACAGACAGAUCAGCAACGGGCCAGUAGCCGCAAGUAACGGGCCUCCUCCACCCCCGCCCAAUUCUAAUAAGCCAGUGACCAAGUACGGUGCUCCUGCUGUCGGCAAUCGUUUUGGAUCGGAAAACGGCAAUCACAACUCUAAUAACAUUGACUCUCGAUCCAACCAUGGUGCACCUCCUCCCCCACCUCCAGGGAGAGUAGCUAACCGACCCCCGCCUCCCAACGCCAGACGUGCUCCGGGAGGACCCCCUCCUCCCCCACCCAGCAGGCCGCCACCCUCUGUGACAGCAGAGAACGAAACCAAUAGCCGACCGCCAAGUGUGAAUCUGAACAAGAACAGUAUGAACGCAAAGACCAUAUCCACGCGGCCCUUACCCCCUCCCCCAGCUCACCCUGGGCCUCCUCCUGGCGUGUCGGGUGGGCGCUUCCCCACAGGGCCAACACGCUCACAAGCUCCACCCCCUCCUCCUAACAACCGGAGUGCCCCUCCCCCUCCACCACAGAGGACAGUGUCUGCCGGGUCGACUGGGCGGGGCCCCCCAGCUGCUAAGCCUCCCCCUCCUCCAGCUAGAGGACCUGGGGCGCCCCCACCCCCUCCCCCACAUGCUGCCCCUCCCCCUCCUAUACGAAACAUGGGUUCCAAGCCACCCCCUCCACCGUCAAGAGGGGCCAGCAGCACUAGUUUAAAUGAAAAUGAUUUUGAAUCCAGGUUUAAGUUCCAUGAAGUGAAUACAUUGCCCCCUCCAGAAACGUUUGCAAAUUGUACAAAAACUUAUCCUAGUACAAAUCCCAGAAAUGCUCAAGGUUCAUCUCGACGAGGUCCCCCUCCUCCGCCUCCAGGGGCUCGGUGAGGGCAGCUGUAAUGUAACGACCCUUACACCAGUCUGUCCCUCAGGCACUCACCAGCUUCACGAAGUGGCUCCGUCUGGGGUUCGGGGUAGACAUAAACUGCUGGUGGAUUGGACAGCGAGCAUGUGUAGGUCUGAAAAUGACAAGCAACGCAGAAUUCUUGUGAUGAUGAAACCAACGGGGCUUCGUGUUAAUAUUCCAAGCCCUUGUGUCAAUUGGAUCAGUUUCAAGUCCCCUCACUGGAUGUGGGUUACAACAGUGUACAUAUAUACUGGCCAUACUCAAACGCAACCGCUGUCUGGUGGAGUUUUGAACGCUCUGAUAGACAGAAGAGAGAGCUUACUGAUGUAUCCCUUUGUACCUAUGUGGUUCUGAUGGGAGGCCAGGAUGCAUGAGUAUUUGUGCUUGGCAGGGAUACAUAUGAACAAGUGCUACAUGUCUCGACAAUAAACGAGGAAACGAAUAACGGCGUCACAGUGUAAUAGGCGGAUGUCGGACUCUGUGGGGUUGUGUAUAUGUGUACAUAAUCUAGACUGGUAGAAAACCAGUUGUCUUGAUUUUCAUCUGCUUAGACAAAAACGAAAAAAAAAAAACACAAAAAACCAAACAUAGGGGAAAGAACUCUAGUUGGAAAUCUAGAGUUAUCUGCCCUUGCAACUCCCUCAAGUUUGCUCCUCCAUUCCAGGUUGCGCUGUGAGGAGCUGUGAUUCAUAGGCCCAAACAGUAGGUCUAUUAUUCCUUGAGACUUUCUACUACACCCACUGCCUUCCAACUCGACCAGAGACUAGGCGAUAGGUAGAACUCUUCUAUUUGUAUAUACAGCAUAAAGGGCUUUAUGCAAUGGAUAGCUCUUUGUCAAGUCGAGUGGGAAAGAGAGAUUUUAUGUUUGAUCAAGCUUAUAUUAUAUUCCUAUUGGUAUACCAUAGAUAUAUUCCUCUAUUGAGUGAGGCAGAAAAACCUGGUGAAAAACACAACAGUUCCGUAUCGGUGGUGAACGUACAUUGUAAAGGUGUUUCAUUUGAGGUGACCACAGUGUUGAAUGGAAUGAUAUAACAAAUAUAAUGAAGCAAAAUUUGCGAAACUAAAACAAAAAAGUGACAACAAUAACAAAUAGAUAAGUAUAUAAGUAGAUAUUAUGACCUCGUCCCUGUAAAAAAAAAAAAAAUUUAAAUCUGUAGAAUCUAAAGGAAAUCUGAUCAAACCUUCCAAGUCAAGUAAGAAUGUACAGCAGUUAGUAAUUUUGGAAUUACUCCACUGGAUUUGAGUGGUAGACAUGACUGGCGCACGAAUAGGGAUCGUGGUGUGUGUGUUCACUGAAUUGAAAUACCUCUAUUUAUACAGACAUACAUGUUCAUAAGGCAAACAAUUUCUGCUUGGUCACAGAAUUUUUUGGGGUUUUUUUUUUCCUUCACGUAGGUGUAGAUAACUAAAUGUCUCAGGUGAAAAAGACACAGGGUUUGAGCUAAAGCGUGUACGACAUCUGGGGCCGAUUCCUCGAAGCCAUUUCUGACUCGAGUCAAAAUUUGAAAUGCGAUCUUAAGGCUCACUUUUCGGCUUUUGUAAUUAAAAUGUUGUCCCCAACGUUAUCCUAAGACAAAUAUGUCCAAAUUUCAACUUCCACUACCAAAAACUAAGCAUUGUGAAGAGGUUUUUAAGUCAGAAAUGGCUUUGUGAAAUCGGCCCGUGUUUCACAAUGCAAACACGCCUCGGCUGCAGGCACAAAUACCGUAAUGUCACCAUGACAACCAGCUGAAAUUAAGGAGUUUUGAGAUCCAGCUCUUUGGUCACCAAAGGUAAAAAGAGUCCUAAUGUACCAUAUGACCCGUCAGAAAUGUUAAGCAACUAUUUUUGAUUAUAUUUAGUGCAACAUUUGCUGUCUUGUAAAAGGCGGAAAA